AGCUCUUAUUUUUUCCAUGUACAGUGUAUGUUAAAUGUUCAGGUUUUCUGUUGCUGGACUGUUUAUCAUCAGUGCAGUGACAUUCGCACACUAUCAUGUCAUUCACUGCUGAGAAUGAAAACGAAUGGACUCCGUGGGGGCGUUCCUAUAGUGGUCCCAGUCUGUUGACUGUAUGGGAGAGCUACAGGUGGUCUACAGCCAGCAGUUGUACAUCUGCAGAGUUACCCGUUGUUAAGUGGGCGUAAACCCAAAUGAACCAGGAACAUAACGCAAGUUUAAUAAAAUGGACAAAUGGAACACUUGCUGUAUAAUCAGCAGGAUAAACGGAGCAGGAAUGUUUAUAAUAUGGUGUACAGUUGUAUUUCAGAUGUUGGUGCCCACUCAGACUGAGACGUUUUUAUUAAUUGCUCUACCGUCAACUCUGGUUAUAUUAUACUAAACAUAAUAAUUAUUAUGAUCGUUAUGUUCUUAACCUUUGGCGCAGGACUCAUCUCAUCAGACCCUGAGCUGACGGCUGAUAAAACUCUGAUCCCGUCUCCGCCUUCUCGGCCCAAAAACCCGGUGUUCGACAACGAGGACAUGGGCAAGUUGUUGGCGGAGCUGCUCCGGAGUAAGAACCCCGAGGAUCUGCAGGAGGCCAACAGGCUGAUCAAGAACAUGGUGAAGGAGGACGACGUUCGGGUUCAGAAAAUGACAAGACGCAUGCACACGCUGGAGGAGGUAAACAAUAAUGUCAAGCUGCUGAGCGAGAUGCUGAGUCAUUACGACCACGACAGGUCAUCAGACGCAGACCGUGACCUCAUCAAGGAGCUGUAUGAGCGCUGUGACAAACUGAGACGCACGGCAUUCAAACUGGCCACGGAGACGGAGGACCACGACACUAGUUUAGGUGAGAUUCUUCAGGCCAGUGAUGAGCUGGAGAGAGUAUUAAGCCUGUAUAAGAAGGUUGUAAAGGGCGAGACGGAAGGAGACAACACUGAGGAACAGAAAACAGCACUCGGGAAAGGCUGUGAGACAGACACACUCAUUGACCUCGCUGGUCUGGAUGAACCGCCUGCACCCCAGACAGCUCCGCCCACUCAACUCUCCAGAGCACCUUUGUCCAAUCAAACUGCCUGCAGCAUUCCGGUGAUCCCGCCCCCUCCUCGCCGAUUGGCUGGAGGAUCCGCCAGUCAGACCAGCAGCCCCAUUCACAAAGCCUCAGAGGCGUCACCGGCCCACUCUCUGCUCGACGAUGAGCUGCUGUCCCUAGGCUUGAACGAGUCUCCUCCGGUACAGAGCAGACCCAAACUGGAGGACGCGUCCAACCAGUGGACGUCUUUACAGGCUCCUGCUCCUCCUGGACUCGACCUGUUCUCCGGUGGAGCAGCAGCACCAGGGACCGUGUUUCCUCCUGCGCACACUUCAGGCCACCCCACACACCCCACACACCCUGACAUGGUGACUCAGGGGCUGCAGGAUCUCGCCAUGCUGAACCUGGGAGAGGUGCAGAGUGUCUCGGGUCAGCCCGUCAUGGCCACCGGUGUUGGUUUGGGUUUCGGCGUUUCCUCCUCUCUCUCCUCCUCCAACCCAUUUAUCAGCUCCAGCAUGCCCGGCUCGCCCCUGCGCUCUCUACAGGGAAACCCCGUGCGCUCUGAGGCAUCCCUCAGCAACCUACAUGUUCCCCUGGACUCCAUCAAAACCAGUAAGACUCUUCCUGUGACUGCGUACGAUAAAGACGGAGUGCGCGUCCUCCUGCACUUCGGCUCUGAGUGUCCUCCCGGGAGACCCGACGUCCUCGUCAUCGUGGUGUCCAUGCUGAACACGGCUCCUCUCGCAGUGAAGAACAUCGAGCUACAGGCCGCAGUGCCGAAGUCCAUGAAAGUGAAGCUUCAGAGUCCGUCAGGAGCCGAGCUGGCGCCCUUUAACCCCGUCCUGCCCCCUUCCUCCAUCACACAGGUCAUGCUUCUCGCUAACCCGCUUAAGGAGAAGGUGCGUCUGCGCUAUAAGCUGAUGUUCCUCCUCGGUGAGAGACAGUACUGUGAAGUGAGUGAGCUGGAUCAGUUUCCUCCACCAGAGAGAUGGGGAAACCUGUAGAGCUAACACACACACACACACACACACACACACACACACUGAUGGUAAGGUCAGGUGACAGAGGUCUUAACUCUGAGAUCACUGUAAGCCCUGACUCGGACAUGUGUAAGAAAACUC